AAGAGAGCCAGAGAGGGAGACUUUAAAGGGAGCCAGCGGAAUGUUAUCUCUCAAAUCAUCAGAGGCACGAGGACCAGCACGCGUGGCUGUAAGGAUGGCUGGAGCAAUGUUGUCCUAAUCUACGGGAAACAGAAAGGACAGCCUGAGACGACACUUUCUUAUCUAAUCGAUCUUAUCUGAGGACGCAUGUCCAUUGUUAUCCACACACGGGUCAGAGGGCAACACAUCUCCGAGCGAGCGUUACCGGUCCUGAUAUUUAUAUCCAUUCUGUAAUUCUGCUUACGGAAAUUUCAUGAUAGCCUAUAUCAACACAAAUCUUCGUUGCCGACUGCGUGGAAUUAGUGGCGAGGAAAGUAUUACUAAAAUAUGCUGUUGCUGAUGCUGAAAUAAAUAUUCAGAAAGCACAAUGGACAGAUGAGCAUGAAUCACUGACUGAAAACAGACUUGAUAAAAGGGAUUUGAGGGAAUAAAUUGAUUCUCAUCCAAUUCAUCAUCAACAGAGGGCAGUUAACAAUCAGUGCACCACUGAAGCCUUGAUCAAACGGAUCUGAAAAUGAUGCUGAGUCCCGAUCAGACGGAUCCUGACCUCACCUGGACACAACCGGACACGGAAUGUCUGAACGUCAUGAAGGUGCAGUGUGUGGCCCACGAGCCCUUAGAGGCCGAGGAUGGCAAGACUCGCGCGCUCGUGCCAGCCUCGCUCACCAGAGAGGAAAAGAGACGGAGGAGGCGCGCGACUGCCAAAUACCGUUCUGCGCAUGCCACGCGCGAGCGCAUCAGAGUGGAAGCGUUCAACGUAGCGUUCGCUGAGCUGAGAAAGCUGCUACCAACACUUCCACCCGACAAAAAGCUGUCCAAGAUCGAAAUACUUCGCCUAGCUAUCUGUUACAUGUCUUAUCUUAACCACGUUUUGGACGUUUAAACGAACAUUUACCAGUACCUUAAAACAAAACCCUACAAGUGUGCAUAAAAAAAUACUUUUAUAGACAUUGAGAAGUGGCAUAUUCCAGCUUUCACACAAAUAGCCUAUUAAAAAAAGAGAGGUAACCCCCAAAAUGGGUAACACUUUAUAAUUACUUUCAAAAAUAGGCUAUGUUUUGUUGUCUGUCCCCACUAAUUACGAAAAAGGAAAUCGGUACAAAGGGAUGGAAGUCUUUUAGUUACUAUAAAACAUUAGCUACCGAAAUUUUUACGUAUCGCAAUAAGUGAAGCUUGUUGUUUUUGAUAGCUACCUACUGUAGUUUUGGAUAGCUUUUCAAAGAUUAGCUAUCCUGUUCAACAUCCCACAUCAUGAGCACUAGUAAUGAGGUGUGGAGAGAUUUGACUUGGGUUGGAUCUUAAUAGGCUACAUCACAUAAACGAAACAAAUAUUUAUCUUUCGCAACCUUGUUAUAAAUCAAGCUGAUUUUACAGGCGUGUGGAGAAAUGUAUAGGCUACUUCUGUGUGCUGGAACAAAUCGUAA